CCGCCCUCCGCCCCGCCUGCAGACACCGCCGCCAUGUUGAGGCGGUCGCUGCCCGGCGGUGGGUGAGGCCUGCGCGGGGCCCGGGCGGCGACGGAGCCCGCGGUGGAGGUCGCCGUCUGCGUCGCUUUCAUCAUGGGGGACAUGAAAACUCCAGACUUUGACGACCUGCUGGCUGCUUUCGACAUUCCCGAUCCGACCAGCCUCGAUGCCAAGGAAGCUAUUCAGACAGCUGGCGAGGAGAACGAGAACCACCUAAAGCAGUCUGGGAUCUGCAUGGACGAAAACGCGUCGCUGUCGCACGCAGCACCGGCUUCCGACGUCCCGGUCGUGAGCGUCAUCGUCAAGAACACGUGUCGUCAGGAGUCUUUCGAGGCCGAAAAGGAAGGGAACCACCUGGGACCCGGCCUGCUGCACAAUGGAUUCCGUGGGUCCGACCUGCCUCUGGAAACUCACAGCUACGGCAAGUUUGAUAACGCUUUCAUCAACGGGGACAGCUCGAGAAGUUAUCCUGAAAAGAUGGAGCAGGCGAAGUCGGAGCCUCUGCCAACGUUCAGCCAGUUCAGUCCCAUCUCCAGCCCGGAGCCCGAAGAUGCCCUCAAAGAGAACAGUAUUGUAGAUAAACCGAAACUUUCCCAGACUCCCUAUUUUCAACCCCACCCGAUGUACAUACCAUCCGGGUCAUCUGUGUUAGAUCUCCUUAGCAGGACCCUCCCGGAAACAGAGUUCAGUCGGUUUAUUUCAACCGGGCCGUCUCUGUUAGACCUGCUGAGUAAGAAACUGCCGGAAACAGAACUGAGCAUGUUUGAUCAAUACUGCAAGGGAGAUCCAAAGAUGGAAAUGCACGGGCUGCAAGAAUGUCGGGGGGGCGCCAGUCGGCGGGAACGUGACAAGAGCCCAGAGAAAUGCGACGCGCCCGGCAAAGACACUGCGGACACAAACAGCUUCCUCGGCGAAGGGUUACCCCAUAGCAACUUCCAUCGCAAUAAUCUGGGAGGGAGCAAAAGUCCCGUCCCUGAAAUGAACUUCGCUUCCGCGGUCCCUCCUCGCCAGCGGAUAAAGCCCGCUCAUUCCAAGCUGUCGUCUUGCGUCGCCGCGCUCGUAGCCCUCCAGGCCAAAAAGGUGGCGGGCAUCGCAAAAGACGACCCGGCAGAUUUGCCCAAGGAGCUACCGGGGCCCUUCAAGGACGGCGUUAAAGGGAGCCCCAAAAUGCCCAAGUCGCCAAAGAGUCCCAAAAGCCCCCUUGAAAUGGUGAGGAAGGCCAUCAAGCAGCCCGAGUCCCCUCGGAGCGUGUGCAGCGACAGCAGCAGCAAGGGGUCUCCUUCCGUGGCCACCGGUUCUCCCCCUGCCAUCCCCAAAGUCAGGAUCAAGACGAUUAAAACCUCUUCCGGGGAGAUUAAACGGACAGUCACCCGGAUUCUGCCGGAGGUGGACGAACUGGGCAAGUAUCCUCUGGGAUCGCCCACAGAGAGCUUGGUGUCGGAAGAGUUGGUUAAAUCUGUCUCUCCCCCAGCAGCCGGCGCGCCCGUGGAAACGGAGCCCGGCAAGGGUUUUGCGAAAACCGCUCCUCAAGAGGAAGCCCUCGCAAGCCCCCAAGCCGACAGUGUGAUUGCAGACAUUCCCGCCAACAGCAACCCCGGCGCAUCUCUGCUGGCAAACAGCAGUGCAAUAAAACCAGGUCUUGUGGGUCAGCCGCCGAGCAAGAAGCAAGUGCAGGGCCCGGCAGCGCAGCCCUGUAACCCUGCCAGCCUUCUCCCAAAGGCUGUGCACCUUGCCAACCUCAACCUGGUCCCUCACAGCGUCGCCGCGUCCGUGGCGGCGAAAUCUUCCAUGCAGCAGUGCGGCAAGUCCCAGCUGACACAGAUGACGGUGCCGCUGGUGCACCAGGUGAAGAAAGCCGCCCCCCUGGUCGUCGAGGCGUUCAACAAAGUGUUGCACGGUGCCAACCCCGUGCCGGUCUACGCCCCCAACCUCAACCCUCCUCUCGACAGCAGUAUUCAGUUGCCCGUCUCUGGGUAUUGUUGCCUGGAGUGUGGAGAUUCGUUUGCCUUAGAAAAGAGCCUCGCGCAGCAUUACAGCCGGCGGAGCGUCCACAUCGAGGUUGUGUGCACCCAGUGUUCGGCGACGCUCCUCUUCUUCAACAAGUGCAGCUUGCUCAAGCACGCGCGGGACCACAAGAGCAAGGGGUUCAUCAUGCAGUGUUCGCAGCUCUCCAUGAAACCCAUUUCCGUCGACCAAAUGUUUUUGCCUUCCCCAAUGAGCUGUUCAGCGGCGGCGGCAACGCUGCCAGCAUCGCGGCUGCCUUCCCUGCCGCAAAAACCCUGCGCCGCCGUGGCAAGUGGGAUGGGAAGCUCGCUGAACCCUCCGCCGCAGCCGGCCCUGCCUCUGUACACGGACCCGUUGAGACUGAUCCGUCAUGGAUUAAAGUGUUUUGAAUGUAAUAAGCAGGCGCUGGACUACAUUGCCCUGGCCGCGCAUUAUCAGAGGACCUCGGAAGAGAAUGAAGGGCUGACCUGUCAAGUGUGCCUGAUGCUUUUACCUAACAAAUGCAGCUACUGCGCCCAUCAGCGAAUCCACGCUCACAAAUCCCCCUACUGCUGCCCGGAGUGCGGCGCCAUUUGUCGGUCGGCUUACUUCCAAACCCACGUCAAAGAGAACUGCCUGCAUUACUCGCGCAAAGUCGGCUACAGAUGCACUCACUGCGGGGUCGUCUUCAUGUCGCAAGCGAUGCUGAAGGUGCACAUCCACGAGAAACACUGUGAAGUCUUCCACAAGUGUUCGUUUCCGUCCCGACGGCCUUCGCCCGUCUGCGCAACUGCGACGCGCUCAUAUCACGAAGUCACCGCUCACAGUUCUUCGGAGCUCUGUCAUCCCCACCUACCUCACAAGGUGGUGAUCUACAAAUGUUCUUGCGAGACGGUCUUUAACAAGAAGAGACUUCUGCUGGACCAUUUCCAACAGAACGCCAACCGGCUGAUGGUGGGAGUCUUCAAGUGUCCGCAGUGCCAGCUGGUAUAUAUGCAGAAACCGCAGCUGAUGCAGCACGUCAAGAGUGUCCAUGGGGUCCCUGAGAACCCUGAGGAUCUUGCCAGCUUCCGCCAGAAGGCAGAGGCAGCAGCGAGCAGUAACACCCUCCCGGCCUCAAAAGAGCUGUCGGUUGUCAACAGUACUUCCCAGGCGCCUUUGCCCCUGAAAGACACGAGCCCAGAAUCAAAGGCCAAGCAAAAACCCUGCAGUUGGACCUGUCGGGAGUGUUCGCAGUGGAUCCCUGACCGAGAAACCUACGUGUCUCAUAUGAAGAAAAGCCACGGAAAGAAUGUGAAGAGAUACCCCUGUCGGCAGUGCGAACGGUCAUUCCACGCGUCCAAUAGUCUGCGGAGACACACGCGCAACGAUCACGACACAGCGAAGAAAGUUUACACCUGCUGGUACUGCACCGACGAAGUUCAGACGUUCCCUCAGCUGUCAGCGCUGGAGAACCACAUCAGCCUCAUGCACGGCAUCAAGAACCCAGACCUUUCCCAGAUAUCCAAAGCCAAAGCCCCGGCAGAAGUCCUGACAAAAACAAAAUCUCCAAAGAGGGUAUCUGCAGGCGGUGCGCAGCAGACGCAGACGGCAGCGUCGGGAUCCGAAGAUCCGCCGGCGAAAAAACUGAAAGCACACUGGAAGUGCGCAAAAUGUGAGUUUUCGACAGCUUCCGAGACUGAGUUUCAGGGGCACAUACCUCGGCACAAGACGGACAGCUCCACCUUCCAGUGCCUACUCUGCGGUUUGUGUUACACGUCCCACAUCUCUCUGAAUAGGCAUCUCUUCAUUGUUCACAAAGUCAAAGAUCCGGAAGAGGAGGAGGAGGAGGAAGAGGAACGGGAGGAGCCGGAAGAACCAGGACAUGGGAAAGAGGGACCGGACACAGAGAGGAACGGACUUGCGGAGCCCAACGGGGAGGCGGACGUCGAGGAGGAGGAGGCGGACAGUUCAAAAGAGAAAGACUUGGAGGGCAAGUCGGUGUCAGAGGACACGGAGAAACCCCCCUCUCAGAACAAACAUUCAAAGACCCCGAAUGCUAAAGAGUAGAUCCUUGUAUCCCUCUGAGGUUUCGGACGAGGGGUGGAAGCGGGAACGAGGGUUCUCAAAUUUGGUAUUCAUGUCUCGGGGCUCUGCAUUCCACUCAUUUUUAAUGAGCAAGGGAAUCCAAAAGUCCUUUGCCACCGUCUCUGUAGCA